AUGGAGACAAAUACUACGGCAAGCGAGAAUCACAUCGGCGGCAAAGUGGACAACUUGCUUCUGCAAUCAGCACAAUGCAAUGACACGAUGACCUUGAUCAACAACAACCUGUCUCAAAUCGGUGUCACAUUUGACUCGUUCAAGGCCCAGGCCCAGAAGCACAUGGAGGUCUCAACCGUUGGAAUGUCUAGUAUGCAAAGCCAACUUGCGGAAAUUAUGCAAGCUUUGGACUCGACUGAGUCAGAGAUGGUGUUCAAGAGGAUGCUCUAA